AUGAUCUGGGCUGGCACGAGAUGGAGAGCCGCACGGCAGAUCUCGCGGGCCUUCAGGACGACGUCCUUGAGCACAUUCAGCAACGUCGAGGAGUGGACAGCCGCCGAGCCUGUUCAGGGAGUCGGGUUGCUCUCUGGCACUCUGGGCGGUGCACAUAUCCGAAAGGAGUCCCUCGGCGUGGCGCUGGUUAUCGGCGCCUGGAACUUUCCGAUCCUGUUGACGCUGCAGCCCAUUAUCGCUGCGACUGCUGCCGGAUGCUGCGUGAUCAUCAAGCCUUGGGAGCUGGCCAGCGCGUCCGACAAACAAAAGGAAAUAGAUACCACCAAGUCAACUAUGAACAAACAGCCCUACGACGCCAAGCACGCCGGCAAGUUUGCCGUCACGAACAAGCUCGGAUUUCGAAGGGGCGAGACUCUGGCGGAUCAGAGAGUCAGCGGUUUCAAGGAAGGCUCCUGUCUGUGGAGGACGUUUCUCUGGCUUGUACUGAAUCCACGAUAUCCGUUCUGCCAAGUUGGCGUUGCUGGAUUGGGUGGGGCGUCUUGGGGGCGGGGAGCUAUAAGCAAGGUUUGGUUCGUCACAGGCCUCCAUUGA